CUGCCCCCACCCCCCGCCUCAGCCCCCCGCGGAUGUCGCUGUUGCUGCUGCCGCCGCCGCUCAGUGCGCGCAGGGCGGGAGCCAGGAGGAGACAGGAGACCCAAGCGGCUGGGCACCAUUGAAAAAUCCAAAACAUUGAUCUUUAAGUGACAAGAAUUAGUGAAGCCGAAAAGAGUACCAGAAAACAGUCUUCCACUGAAUCAAAGAAUUUUAGUCCAACGGAGAAUACAGAUGGAGAUGUUCCCCACUUGUAGCCUGCUUGCCUCAUCACCACACAAAAUGGGAAAGAAACAGAAUGGCAAAGGUAAAAAAGUUGAAGAGGCAGAGCCUGAAGAAUUUGUUGUGGAGAAAGUCCUGGACAGACGUGUUGUAAAUGGAAAGGUGGAAUACUACUUGAAGUGGAAAGGAUUUACAGAUGCUGACAACACAUGGGAGCCUGAAGAGAACUUAGAUUGUCCAGAGCUAAUUGAAGCUUUUCUGAACUCUCAGAAAGCUGGUAAAGAAAAAACAGAUGGUGCCAAAAGAAAAUCUUUGUCAGAUAGCGAAUCUGAUGAUAGUAAAUCAAAGAAAAAGCGUGAUUCUGUUGAUAAACCAAGAGGGUUUGCAAGGGGUCUUGAUCCUGAGCGGAUAAUUGGGGCUACGGAUAGCAGCGGAGAGCUUAUGUUCCUCAUGAAAUGGAAAGACUCUGAUGAGGCAGAUCUGGUGCUGGCCAAAGAAGCUAAUGUGAAGUGUCCUCAGAUCGUAAUCGCUUUUUAUGAAGAACGGCUAACUUGGCAUUCAUGCCCAGAAGAUGAAGCACAAUAAUUGUUUGCAUUGCUUUUUUUAUAUAUAAGAAUAUUAAAACCCAAAAUUUGAUUUAUUAGCAAUGUGAGAAGCAUACAUUCUAACAAGUUUCAAAUUUGAUAUUUUUUUGAAGUAGUAUGUUUUGCAUCAACAGCAAGUAAAUAAAAGCUUUCUGCAACUUGUUUCAUUUACCACAAGAGAGCAUUUGAUACUACUACUUCCUCCAUAUUAGGUAAAAGCUUUUAUAAAACAUUGAUAAACUUCCUUAGUUAUUACAGAAUCAUAAUGAAUGUCUAAACAAACUCACAGAUGUUUUGUAGUCUUCUAUACUAUUGAUGUGCAUGUAUCUUCUUUACCCAAACCUAGCCCUUUAAACCUGUAAGGUCAUUCUUUUUAGUAUUUGGGAUCACUUGGUCUUAAGAAGACCAGGUGAAAACUAACUUUGUAGUAAUUUGAAUGUUAUCAGACUGUAUAUUGUUUACUUUAUUGUAAAUACUGGUGAGCAGUGGUCAAUAAAAUAGUUUUAUAUUCUUCCUUUA